AAUAUUUAAUAUAUAAUAUCUGUCGAAUGCACGAUUGUAUAUUCAGUAAAGCAUUCUUUCCUCUUCAUCGAGUACCACUUUCCAAGAGUUUUUUUAUUUCAACGACAAAACGACUGACACCUCAACGAAAUAAGGUGUUAUUCAUUUAAUCUAAGUUUUAGCAGUAAAAUUACAAAUUGAUAAGAUUUAUUCGUGGCACACAGCUUUUAUAUGUUUCGCCCAAAUACCAAGUACCUGCCGGUUACGUUAAGUAAUUGAGACCUCAACUAUAUAGUUAAAUAUUGGCUGAAGCAACAUACAUUAAACACGGGCAAUGUCCUCAGACAAGCCGCAAUGGCCAGAAGCGCUGAAAAGCUUUGUUGGCCGUUGUUUUCAAGAAGCUGACGAUUCAAAUCGUCUUAACGUUGAGUCUGCCUUGAAAGAGCUGAUUAGUAAACACUAUAAACAAGGAGAUAUAUGGACAACUGAUUGGAAUGCUAUAGGGAUGGAAGCGCUUGCUCCAUUUCUGGACCAGGAACAGCAAAAAGUCGUAAUACCUUUGGAUAAAAAACGAAAGGCAGCCAACAAUGAAUUAGGAAAGCCCAAGGACGAAAAGUCUACUGAUAACGAUAAGUUAGACAAGCGAAGAAAACGUUUUGAGGCCGAGUUUCAGAAUUUUCAACGCAAAAAUGUUCGUUCAAAAAAUGACGACCAAAACCAACUUGGCCCUAUUAUCGGCAAAAGCACACAGCUAGAAAAAAGAUACCUUCGGUUGACAUCUGCCCCAGAUCCCAAUACAGUUCGUCCGCUGCCGAUUUUAAAGCGCACACUUGAACUAUUAAAAAGCAAAUGGAAAAGCGAAAAGAAUUACGCAUACAUAUGUGACCAGUUUAAAAGCAUGCGUCAAGACCUAACUGUUCAGCACAUUCAGAAUGAAUUUACUGUUCAAGUUUACGAGAUUCAUGCACGAAUUGCUUUAGAGAAAGCUGAUGUUGGCGAAUAUAACCAAUGCCAAUCUCAGCUAAUGAACCUCUACAAUUUGGGAAUCCCGGGGAAAACAAAUGAGUUUCUUGCAUACAGAAUUCUGUACAACUUGUACACAAAGAAUACAUCAGAACUGAAUACGAUUUUGGCUACUCUGACUGAAGAAGAAAAACAACACGAAGCUGUGCAGCACGCUUUGCAAGUACGAGAGGCACUUGCAUCUACCGAUUACUACACCUUCUUUCAGCUCUAUCUCAUAACACCCAACAUGGGUGGUUACUUGUUGGAUUUGUUUAUCGAACGAGAGCGCGUAAAUGCACUCUCCAUAAUGUGCAAGGCAUAUCGACCUUCCUUAGAUACAACGUUUGUCGCUAACAUGUUGGCUUUCGAAGACAUGGAUGAAUUUAAAACCUUCAUUUCAAGCUGCAAUGUUGUUUACGACGCUAAACAGCCUGACCAUAUUCUGAUGCGUGAUAGCAUGGACAGUGUUGAGAGACGGAAGAAGAAGUUUUCUGUUGUUGAUAUUAAAGGUCAGAUUUAGGCUAAUCCAUAUCCAUUGGACGAGAAGAAUCUUUAUCUUGCUCAGAUGAAAGAGGUUCUCGCCUGUACAGGUAUAUGUUACGGUUGUUAAGUGGGUUGGCAUUUUUGGAUGGUUCUUCCCGACUCUCAACUUCAAGAGGAAUAAGACCGAAGCGUUUCAGAUGCACAUCAAAUGUUUCGGGUUUAAUACGCAACGACGCCAACGUUUGCUUAAAUUCCUGCAUACCUUAUGUUAGUAAGAAUGUACCAUGCGUACAGUAGACGUUGAAUGAAUUCGUCUAUGUCUCAUCAUACCGGAUUCUUUUUGGCAGCUUUUUCAUAAGAUUUCCAUUCCUGAAGCUCUAAUACAAAUGUUCCCUCCGGUCGCAACAGUUGUGACACCUGCUCAAAGAAGUCAAGAAGACCGUUGUCCCCGAAAUUCAAGUGAAUCCAUUUUACGACGGAAAACGCCAGAAUGGUAUCAAAUCGUCUACAUCUAGAAGGGGGCGUCCAUUGAAGAAUAUUUCCGUGGAAGAACUCUACAUUCAGGGGAAACUCGUCUUUGUUUUCUGCAAUGAAGGCAAGUGGUCUGCGGGAAAACUUCUUCACAGCAGAAAUAGGAUAAAAGUUUGCUCGUUCAAGCAUUGUUUCGCACUGGUCUGUUCGUGGACCUAUACGCGAGGCAUAAAACUCUAGAUGUUUAUGCGCUUUCUGAAUAAGAACGGGAUCAAUAUCCACACCUACAACUCUCUUUGCAUCAAAAAAAGCAGCCACUUGUGUUGUUACAGUCGCAUUGUUACAGCCAACAUCCAACACAGUUGCACCUUCGAAUAUUCUUUUUGGAAGACGCUGUAAUCGCGGAUCCAUGAGGGAUCCAUCACCACGAAUUGUAUAGUAACUAUGAUAAUUCCCGUAGCGAAAUUUUUCAACCAUAUUAAAACGAUAAAACGAAGCAGAGAAAAAACUCCAAGAUGU